AUGAUUUCCUGCAAAAUGGCAGCCAUGGUCCCGAAGGAGUGCCACAGCAGCGGCGCCAAGUCUGGAUUUCUCUUCUUUUGGAAAGUUCGAGAAGUGCAAAUUCUCUUUUUGCUGCUACGGAAAGAUCCAAAACUAAUUGGCAAAUCCUUUCCUGCUGCUGCUGCUGCUGCUGCUGCUGCUGCUGCUGUUGCUGCUGCUGCUGCUGCUGCUGCUGCUGCUGCUGCUGCUGGGGGUGCGGCGGCGGCGGCGGCGGCUGCGGCGGCGGCGGCGCGCCCACGUGCUGCGCCGCCUGCUGCGGCGGAGGCGGCAGCUGCUGCUGCUGCUGCUGCUGCUGCUGCUGCUGCUGCUGCUGCUGCUGCUGCUGCUGAGGGUCUUCCACGGGCAGCUCCCCUCGCAACGGCCCUGCAACACAGCAGCAAACUCAUCCAAAGUCCAAGCAGCAGCAGCAGCAGCAGCAGCAGCAGCAGCAGCAGCAGCAGCAGCAGCGAGAGAGCAACAGCAACAGCGGCGAAAACGGCGGCAGCAACGACAGCAGCAGCAGCAGAAGCAGCAGCAGCCGCAGCAACAGCAGCAGCACUAUAUUCCCACCAGAUCGCUGAGACGCGCCCUGGCCAGCAGCCGGCAGCAACUGCUGCUGCUGCUGCUGCUGCUGCUGCUGCUCCUGCAGGUCUUGCUGCAGGUGCUGGUGCUGCGGCAUGUGCGGCUGCUGCGGCAUAUGCGGCUGCUGCUGAAGCUGCUGCAGUUGGUGCUGAUGCAGCUGCAGCUGCUGCUGCUGAAUGUGCUGCUGCAGCUGCUGCUGCAGUUGCUGCUGCAGCUGCUGUUGCUGCAUUCUGA